AUGGCCGACCUCGCCCGUGAGGAGGCCGACCGUUACUUCUCCCACCGUGACCACCUGACUUCUCAUCCUGAAGAUCGCGACGACGACGACGAAGACAGAUCGGACGUCGACGCUGAGCCUGAACCUGCAUUUGACAACCUGUCUGACCCUGGUACAGACGACGACACCGCCGGCAACAUGGCGACUAUGACCACCACAAAGACCACCUACCAUCUGCCCUCACAAGUGCACUAUGCCAACACCGGCCCCAAGGGAGUCAUUGCAGAUGCUCAAUCUUUUGCCCGUGCCAAACAGUCAACCUUUCGGCAGCGAUUGACCAGCUUUGCCAACAACCUGACCUCGAAUGGCAAAGCAGCAGCGAUCCCAACCGUCACAGAGAAGAGUGACAAGCGCAAAACCAUUAUUUCUGGAUCGCCCAAAUCAACUCCUUCCUCGAACUCGGACACGAACAUGACCCUCUCGGAUGACGAGGCCGAUUCGGAAUUCAUGAAAGCAUGGCGAGCAAACCGCCUGCAAGAGCUCUCUUCCCAGUCCCAGUCCGCCUACAACUCUCACCGACGACACUCCCCCAGCCAACGCACCUGGGGCAGGUUCGUGGAAGUGGACGCGAACGGCUACCUGGACGCGAUCGAAAAGGUCUCCAACGAGACUGUCGUCGUCGUCAUGAUUUACGAUCCUUCGUCGAGUGCCAGUGCUGCGGUGGAAGACGAGCUGAGUAUGCUUGCAUACAAGCACAACACCACCCGCUUCAUCAAGUUGCACCACGAGAUUGCGGAGAUGGAGACGGUCGAGAUCCCCGCUAUCCUGGCCUACAAGGCUGGAGAUGUCUUUGCUACGGUAUCAGGCGCAAGGGCAGAGGGCUUGGAAGGUGUGCUGCUACAAAACCGUGUGAUUCAAUGA